CGGACUCCUGGGUCCCGUCCCGGCUGCGGGGUAGAUGGGGGGAAGGGCUGGGAGCCGGACUCCUGGGUCCCGUCCCGGCUGUGGGGUAGAUGGGGGGGCUGGGAGCCCAGUACCUGGGGCGAUGGCCUCGCACCCCCAGCCCUGCACCUCCUGGUGACCGUGGGAGCAGCGAGCCGGCGAAGGCGCCGCUCCGAACCCGCGGCUCCGGGGGCAGGGCUCAGCUCCGGCGCUGCCGUGUGGACGCUCCCCGCAGCGAGGGAAGGGGGUUCUCCGGCCGCGCCGCGACCCCCCUGCGAGGGGCAGCAGGUCGCUGGGUGCAGGAGCUCUUUCCCCACCGGGCUGCGUCUGCGCGGGGAUGGGGUACCCGAGGGCAGGGCUGAGCCCCCAGCGAUGGCCCUGGGCUGUGUGACGCUGGGGGGCUGCUGCUCGCCACUCCCCCAGCUCCGGCACAGCAGCGCCUGCAGCUCCGCGCCCCUCCGGGCCUGCCUGGGGCAGCUGGCGAGCGCCAGUGUGGCACGGCCCUUUGCUCUCCCGCAGCCUGUUAGGUUUGGCCUGGGCAGGACGUGCCUUCGGCUCCGUGCCACUCGCCGAGCUGGGCCCCGCCGUGCUCCCACCCCGCUCCCAGCUCAGUGCGGAGCAGCUCCCGGCCCGGAUCCUGGGAGAUGCUACGUGGCUGCCGGGGGGCAGGACGGGGAGGUGCAGAAGGCUCAGCGGGCGGCCGAGGCCAGUGAGGAGCCAGGCCAGCGACCCCCAACCAUCUUCGGCAAGAUCAUCGACCGCACCAUCCGGGCCGACAUCCUCUACGAAGACGACAAGUGCCUCGCCUUCCGGGACGUGGCCCCGCAGGCCCCCGUGCAUUUCCUGGUGAUCCCCAAGCACCCCAUCCCCAGGCUGAGCCUUGUGGCCACGGGGGACGCAGAGCUCCUGGGGCACCUGCUGGUGGUGGCCAGUCAGACGGCGAAGGUGGAGGGGCUGGUGGAUGGCUACCGAGUGGUGAUCAACGACGGGAAGCGGGGGUCUCAGUCCGUCUACCACCUGCACUUGCACGUGCUGGGCGGGCGUCAGAUGGGCUGGCCCCCAGGCUGAGCUGCAGCGACAGACGCAGCGCCAGCCCCGCUGGGCAAACCAACUCCUCAAUUAAAGCGCUGUGAGAGAGCC